AUGCAUUUCUCAGAAUUCACAGCCGCCUGUGAAAACCUGCGGUUCAAGGAACUAACAAUGGCGACUGAUGCUUUAAUUCCAUUAGAAUCAAACCCAGAAGUUAUGAAUAAAUUCUUACAGAAGUUGGGUGUGCCUACUCAAUGGGGUGUAGUUGAUGUCAUGGGCUUAGAACCGGAGAUGCUUUCGUGGGUUCCUCGUCCUGUCCUUGCCGUAAUGUUAUUAUUCCCCGUUUCUGAUGCAUACGAAGCUCACAAACAGAAGGAAGAAGAUGAUAUUUUGUCGAAAGGACAAGUUCUUUCGAAUGAUGUUUUCUAUAUGAAGCAAAAUAUUAGUAAUGCCUGCGGAACUAUUGCCCUUGUGCACAGUGUUGCAAACAACACAGAUAAGAUAGGGUUGUCCAAUGGCCACCUCAAAACAUUUCUUGAGGAAGCAAAACCUUUGGAUGCUGUCUCUAGAGGAAAACUGCUAGAAAAGUCUGAGGGCAUCAUUAAUGCCCACAAGGAAUUAGCUCAGGAAGGGCAAACUAAUACUCCAAGUGCUGAAGAACCUGUCAAUCAUCACUUUAUUACAUUUGUGCAUAGCAAUGGUGUUCUCUAUGAAUUAGAUGGCCGUAAAGCUUUUCCCAUUAAUCAUGGACCUACUACUACUGAUACUUUGUUGGAAGAUUCUGCUAAAAUCUGCAAGGAAUUCAUGGCUCGUGACCCCAAUGAAGUCCGCUUUACAAUUGUUGCACUGACUGCUCAAGAUUAG